AUGAAUUUGUUUCCAUUUAUAUGUAAGUCUAACCAAUUUUUUGAAAUUUUUUUCAAAUUUGCAAGGACUUUCGUUCCAAAACCAAAUUUUUAAAAAACUGCAAAAACUUUCUUUCCAAAACCAAAUUUUUUAAAAAACCGCAAGAAUUUUCUUUAGAAAAACUUAUUUUUUCGAAAACCGCAAGAACUUUCUUUCCAACACUUUAUUUUAUAAAAAGCGCAAGAACUUCCUUUACAAAAUACAUGUUUUGGUGAAAACGCAAAAACUUUCUUACCGAAAUGAAUUUUUUAAAAAACCGCAAGAACUUUCUUUACAAAACCUCAAAUUUUAAGAAACCGCAAGAACUUUCUUUACAGAGACAACAACACUCUAUAAUGUAACUGUAAGGUCGUCUACUGUAAACAAUGGUGAAACUGGUAAGUUAAAAUUUUGAAAUUCACUAAUUUUAAAAUCUGUGGCAUAUGUUACAGUAAUCUUUUACAUUUCAGUAAUUUACAUUGGAGGAUCGGUUCAAAUCAUUGUCUUUUUGUUUUUUUCUAUGAUAAUAUGCUCAGUAACCUUCGGUAUCUUCUUAUAUGUAAGUUUUGAGUUUUUAAUAAAAAUGGCAAGAACUUUCUUUACAAAGCAUGUUUUUUUAAAAAUGGCAAAAACUUUCUUUCUAAAGCAUGAUUUUUUUUAAAAUGGCAAGAACUUUCUUCCCAAUAGCAUGAAACCACAUUCAUCGUAUAACAUGUCACCUGCAAGCUGCAAAACAGAAAAUUUGUCGCUUUUUUGUAAAAACAGCAAGAACUUUCUUUACAAAACUUAAUUUUUUGUAAAAACCGCAAGAACAUUCUUUGCAAAGCAUGAUUCUUUGAAAAAAAUGGCAGAAACUUUAACUACAAGUACUUGUGUGUCUUAUUUUUCAGUGUACCAGACAGCCAGAUCCAGAUCCAGGUCUAUCACCAGAAAAAGCGAAAUAAAACAGCUACUCUUACAUUAUCAACUACAACUUUAUUAUAUUGUUUAUGGCAUUUGUGUGUUCAAUAAAGCUUUAUGAUUUUUAGAAUUUUUGAAAUUUAAGUUAGGCCAAACUGCUAAGCUUAAUUCUAAAGCUAAGGCUAAGGCAAAGGCAAAGGCUAAAGCUAAGGCUAAGGCUAAGGCUAAGGCUAAGGCUAAAGCUAAGGCUAAAGCUAAGGCUAAGGCUAAGGCUAAAGCUAAGGCUAAGGCUAAGGCUAAGGCUAAAGCUAAGGCUAAAGCUAAGGCUAAAGCUAAGGCUAAAGCUAAGGCUAAGGCUAAAGCUAAGGCUAAGGCUAAGGCUAAGACUAAGGCUAAGGCUAAGGCUAAGGCUAAGGCUAAGGCUAAAGCUAAGGCUAAGGCUAAGGCUAAGCCUAAGGCUAAGGCUAAAACCGAUGUUAGGGCUAGAAUUCUGAGCUACGGUUCUGGGCUGGACUAA